AUUCUGCUGUCUAAUCAUGCUGCGUCUCCUGCUGCUGCCCCUGUUCCUCUUCACCCUGUCCAUGGCGUGCAUGGGGCAGACAUUUCAGUAUUCUCGUGGCUGGACCAAUGGGAAACGGGCACCGCCCGCAGCUCUGCUGACCAAUGGCCAUAAUCUGGGCCUAUUGGACAUUUACGAUAUUCAGGACAGGCCCAGCGAUCUUAAGCUGGAACGCUGCCUGUUGCAACUGCAGCACUUUGUGGGCAACACCUUGCUGCAUCGCUCCUUUGCCAACGGAUUAGCGUACAGUGCGAGCAGACCCGACCCGGAAACGGAAGUGCGCAACAUUAAUAUUCAUCCCAGACCCGUUGCCAGCAACAACAAUAUCGAAAACAGUUUGUACCCGAACGUCAAUCAUCGUCAAUCAAAUGAGCUGUUCGAGGCUUUAAAUGCGCCGGGCCCCGAUGCGGUGGAGCCCAACGAUUAUGGCAAGCAUUAAAGGCGCACGAAAAUAUGCCCACAAAAAUAUGUUUUAAUUAAUAAUAAUUGUUAUUAGCAAGAAAUGCUACAAAAAUAUUUAAAAAAAAAAAAAGAAGAAGAAACGCAUUGAUAUUGGCAAAAUUUAUUGGUAUUUAUUUAGGUG